CACUGACCCCAGCAGCCAAAAACCAUUGUUCUGUGAGGCUAUUUUAUUAUUAUUGUUGAUUUUACUAUUUCUCUUUCUAUUUAGGCCCUCCUCCUAUUCAAAUGUUUGUCUCUCUUUCAAAACACUGCCUGGUUGCCAGGUUAAAUGGGGCCCUAACAACCAGAUAGCUGCCAAAAUUCCAAACCGGAGAGCUGCUGAGCAAAAAGUUAAAUAAAUUCAAAUACCGCAAAUAAUGAAAAAAUAAAGAUAAUUAAAUACUAAAAGUUAAUUUGUAGUUGAAUAACCCUUUAUAGCACAUAAAUGUGUGCUAUGUAUAGAGUAUAGUUUCCUUUUAGGUACCUGCCCUGCUGAGUAUUCUGAUUUGUGUUGUUGUGGGCAGUUAAGAGAUGCCGUGAGUUGCAGUUCAUAACAGCUGGAGGGCUGCUUGUGUGUUGUCCCCAAUAUAGAAAAUCUGUAAUUUACUAUAGUAACACUGUCCCGGGGCUCCCUUUUGUUUAAAAACAUCCUCGCAGGAACAGGGACGCUAUUGAUUCCAUGAUGCCACAGUACCGUUAUAGUCUCCUUAAUCCCCUCCCCCCAAACAGGCUCAGCAAGGCUGGGAGCUUCAGCAAGCGACCUGGUAUCCAGCCUUGCUGCUAAUCAGCUGUUCCCUGCACUGCUUGUUGUAGCUACUGUCACCAUGGGCAGGGACUUGGAGCUGUCAGAGAGGGACUUUCAAAUUGGAGUAAAUCAAAACCUGUAGACAGGUGCAGCUCUAAAUACAGGCACCUCUAGUUAUAAUGGUGCAUACAAUUUAGCCAUUGACAAUAAGCAGCUCUGGCAGCAGCAUGUCGUGUUCUGUGGGAGCCCCAGAUUUAGCUAAUGAGGGUGACCCCGAAUACAUCAGCUGGAGAAAUGAGAACUUGGAUAGCAGCCUGGACGAAGUGCUGACAUUUUCCCCAGACCUUGGGCUGUCACCGGUCACCUCUUUGUCUGGUAGCAUGGGACUUCUGAACUGUGAGCACAGAAUCAAUCCAAGAUGCAGGCUGAAGCUGUCUCCUGAUUCUGAGAGUCCAAGCCCCACCGAGCCAACCAACCAGAGUCAAGCCUCCAUGGAAACAAAAUGUUUUACAGGUCUUCUUAAUUUAUCCACACCAAGGCCAGAUAAAAACAUCAUUAAAUCAAGUGACUCAUCCUAUGGAGUGAGGAUCCGGCCGAAACAAUCGACAAGAAGAGAACAAAUGAGAGAACACGAGGAAAAUGCUUCACACCCUGGAAUACAAAAGCAGAAAUCUCGGAUGAAGCUCUCAGACCUGUUUGAUAGCGUGGAACACAUUAAUGAACAACCCAGGCAACAGUCUGAGAAAGCAAAAGUGAAGCAAUUAGCCAAGCAGGCUAACGACAAAAAACAAGGGAAGAAAGGAUCAGAAAACAAGAGACCUUUUGUCAAUGGCAUUAGCCCUCAGUUUCAUACUGCAGAAAUUGAAGAUGAUCAUCUUAUUGGAGACUUUUCUAAAACUUAUUUAUUACCUUUGGAAAAAGGGAAACAUCAAGACCUUAAAUAUAUUAGCUGCAUCACUCUUGCCCGGCUUCUCAGAGGUGGAUAUCAAGAUGUGGUGCAGCAAUAUCAUAUUGUGGAUUGUCGAUAUCCAUAUGAAUAUGACGGAGGGCACAUUAAGGGAGCCUACAAUUUAUACAAAGAAGAACAUAUAUCAGACACCUUUCUGAAGAAUGACACUCAUCCCAAAAGCACGACCCUCCUGAUCUUUCACUGUGAAUUUUCUUCAGAGAGAGCUCCAAAAUUGUGCCGCUUACUAAGAAAUUUGGACAGAAAUGCAAAUAGAUAUCCUCACCUGCACUACCCAGAACUCUAUAUUUUGAAGGGAGGAUACAAGGAAUUCUAUGGAAAAUUUAAGGGUCUCUGUGAACCACAGGGAUAUGUGAAUAUGUUACAUAAGAGCUUCAGUGAUCAGCUCAAGCAAUACCAUCGGAAGAACAAACCUUGCCAUGUCAGUACUGUCCGGAAAGAGCUUUUUAAGCCUCUGUAUUCAAACAAAUGCACUGUCUUGAAAAAACAUCCAGCAAAAGAUUAGGAAGGAAAUUAUAUCACAAUAAAAUCCUAUAGAGGCAAAGGAGGACAGAGUGCUGUAAAUAAAAUUGUAUCUUAAAAAUACAUAUUUUUCUGUGAUCAUAUAUAAAUCAGAGACAGAACAGCAGACAUUCAUUCAUUCAUUUUUUUGCUGCUAAGAAAAAUAAGGGCCAAGAAUUGUUAAAUAGUAAUGGAAGGGAAACGUUUCUGGAAAUGUUAACUGGCAAGGACUGACCAUAACACAGGGAAUACUAUUUAAAAAACAUAAAUUUUUCUUGAUAUCAUUUACAGUUCUGUCAGUGUUCGCCAUUAAUUGGCCUUAAGACUCUGUAUGAAUGAAUGUAGAAUUUACAAAGGAUCCCCACCUUGUUAUAACCCAGUGGCACAGAAUCAGAUUCAUAAAAUAUUUGGAAUCAUA